AUGCAUAAUGUGAAAGCUCACCAGUUCUGCCACGUGACGUUUUUGCGCAGACACAUUCAAACACAAGUCAAGUAUCUCAAGACGGAAUUCGAAUUUCAAGUGACUGUGCGAAAAACACGGAACCUUCCGUGGCGUGUCCGUACCGUGCUCAUGGUGGACCGUGCCGUUUACGCAAUUUUACCUCUCAUUGACUACUUCAUUUCUAAUGUACGGAGGAAUAAAGAACUUGGUGUUGAAUAUGUUGUAUUUCUUUUAGGUGCUUACAGACAACCUAAUGCAGAGACAAAAAUUGCCUACCCAACUACAAAAUCCGCGGUGACGUUGAAAUGGGGAUGGUCAGUAGAAACCGGAAUUACUACAAGAGAAGUUAUCAAUAAAUUUGAAAUCAGAACGGGAAGUAAACUUGCUUCAAAGAAAACUAUUGCAAUCCAAUUUGCUGCUAUUGACGAUGCUUUCACGGAAGAUACGUUUUUCUCGUUGAAGUUUGAAGCAGGAGGAGCAGGAGGCACAAAUGGCUCUGCAGUAUUCACUAUCAAAGAUAUUGCCAAACAAGAAAAGUAUAAAGAUGGUACAAGAGACAGCAAUUCCACUGCAAACUAUACAUACAGCUGCCAUCUUACUGUAGCUUUCUCAACUGAUAACCCAGGUACAAGAGCGACUACACUAAUUGUAUCUACAAAUAGGACUUGCAGCACCAAUCCACCAGCAACUACAGCACCAGACAGACAAAAUACCAGUAACAAUUCAUCAGCAACAACAGCAACAGACAACAGAAAUAUCAGCACCAAUCAAGUAGUGACUACAGCAACGGACAACAAAAAUACAUCAUUAACACCAGACAUUCAAAACAACAUAAUGGCCAUCAAUCUCCCAGAAAAACAAAAUAACAACACCAGUACACCAGUAACUACAGCACCAGACAGCCAAAAUAAAAGCACCAAUCCACCAGUAACAACAGCACCAGACAGUCAAAAUAAUAGCACCAAUUCACCAGUAACUACAGCACCAGACAGUCAAAAUAACAGCACCAAUCCACCAGUAACUACAGCACCAGACAGCCAAAAUAAAAGCACCAAUCCACCAGUAACAACAGCACCAGACAGUCAAAAUAAUAGCACCAAUUCACCAGUAACUACAGCACCAGACAGUCAAAAUAACAGCACCAAUCCACCAGUAACUACAGCACCAGACAGUCAAAAUAACAGCACCAAUCCCCCAGUGAUUGAGGCACCAGACAGGCAACGUAAUAGAGCCAAUCCAACAGCAAGUUCAUCGACUAUGUUAUCGAAGCUUCGCUGCGAAAUACCAUUAUUAAUGACUAUUAUAUCUGCAUUUAUGCCUUAACACAAGUCCGGCGUUGUUUAGAAUGCUUUUGGUCUGUGUAUUUUGUGUUUUGGUCUGCACGUGUAUUUUGAAUAGUAGAAAGUAAUGUUUUGGUCGAUAAUUUUUGGUUUUAAAGAGGUACCUUUGUUUUCGUUGAAGGUGAAUCAUGUUACAUCUUUUUUAAACAAAUCUUGCAAGUAAAUGAAUAUGUGCAUUAUUACAUAGUUGGGUUUUCAAAACAGGAGGGUGAAUAUUUCAUGACUAAAUUAGUUACCUCGUGUACUUAGUCGCUUUGUUGUUUUAGAUUUUAUUUGUUGAAUAAAUGCUUCCCAAAAGCAACUUGCAAGUAAUAUAAAA